UGGGCGGGGCGCUGUCAGUGAUGUGAAUAAAUGAAUUAUUAAAUAAAAAAGUGGCUGUUAAUCCUGUGAAAACAGUGACGGUACAGAGGGAAGCGUCCAGCUCAGGAGGAGGAGGAGGAAGAAAUUGAAGGAGGGCUGGUGAUGAAGAUGGUGAUGAUGCUAGCCAGGGCCUGAGGUUCCCCCCGCUGAUACACAGGGACAGGCGGACUGCUGCUGAGGAUUAUCCCGGAGACUGGAGGACGGAGGACAGGGAGGAGGAGGAGGAGGCAGAGAGCAUCAUCCGGAGGCUGAGCCACAAAAGGAAAAGAAAGAGGGAACCUGGGAGAGGAUUUCCGCAGUUGGAUUAAUUGUAUUUGCUGCUUUAGGCUGAGAUUUCUCAGAGGAUACUGGCCUUCAGGAAGAAAGUCAGUUCAGGAUUGAUCCAGAAACACAGGCAGAUGAUAUCCGGCAUAACUGACACCAUAUCGGACGCUUGAUACUAUUGGACCUGCUUGGAGAGAAGAUGUCGGGUCAGACGUUGACAGACCGCAUCGCCGCGGCGCAGUACAGCCUGACGGGAUCCGAGGUGUCCCGAGCGGUGUGUAAAUCCACCACACAUGAGCAGACCGCUCCAAAGAAGAAGCACCUGGAAUACCUGAUCCAGGCCACCCAGGAUACCACUGUGAACGUCCCCCAGAUGGCCGAUACACUGAUGGAGAGGGCCGGCAACGCCAGCUGGGUGGUGGUUUUCAAAGCCCUGAUCACCACACACCACCUCAUGGUGCAAGGCAACGAGAAAUUCCUGCAGUUCCUGGCUUCUAGAAACACCUUGUUCAACCUCAGCAACUUCUUGGACAAAACUGGCUCCCAUGGCUAUGACAUGUCCACAUUUAUCAGACGCUACAGCCGUUAUCUCAACGAGAAGGCCUUCGCCUACAGACAGAUGUCCUUUGACUUUGGACGAGUCAAGAAAGGAGCUGAGGGAGCGAUGAGGACAAUGUCUGUAGAGAAGCUGUUGAAAGGAAUGCCGACCCUGCAGAGCCAGAUCGACGCACUGCUGGAUUUUGAUGUGCAUCCUCCAGAGCUGGACAAUCCAGUGAUAAAAGCCUGCUUCCUCCUGCUCUUCAAAGAUCUGAUCAAGUUAUAUGCCUGCUACAAUGACGGCGUCAUUAACCUGCUCGAAAAGUUUUUCCAGAUGAAGAGGAGCCAGUGUAAAGACGGGCUGGAGAUCUACAAGAGAUUCCUGACACGAAUGACUCGGGUUUCCGAGUUCUUCAAAAUCGCUGAGCAAGUGGGAAUAGACAAAAAUGACAUACCCGAACUCACUCAGGCCCCAGAAAGUCUUCUAGAGUCCCUGGAGACCCACCUCAACACCCUUGAGGGGAAGAAGCCAGAGGAUAAGUCACCCACUAAGAUUAAGCGCUUCACAGCAGUACCAGAACGUGUUAAAAAUCAGGAAGCUACGGCCAACAACUCCUCGCCGGCUCCUGCUCCUGCUGCUGCUGCUGCUGCUGCUGCUGCUCCUGCUGCUGCUGCUGCUGCUGCUACUGCCGCACCACCGGCCAAGGCACCGCAUCGUGCUCCCCCUGCUCGCCCCGGGCCACCUGCCAAACCUCCUCCGCCUGCCGCCCCCCCCUCUGCACCAGCCCCCAUCACCACCACCACAACUAGCAAUGCCCUUGAUGAUGGGUUCUUGUUGGAUCUGGACCCAAUUUCCUCCUCAUCAACAGGGGGCGCUGCAGCUGCUUGUUCUAUGACUGGAUGGGGAGAUCUUUUGGCUGAGGCAGCUCCAGCUGCCUCUGAUGGAGCUUCUGAAGCUCUCCUGACCGAGGGAGAGUCUGAUGCUGAUGCUGAUGCUGAUGCUGCAGCUGCCCCUGCAGCUGUCGCACCCACAGCCACCGCCACUGCCACCGCUACCACUGCUGCCACUGCUGCUGCAGCUGCACCAGUCCCUGCCUCUCUGCCCAUCUCCGCCCCUGCCACCACCUCAGCCACAGAAAUUGACCUUUUCGGAGAUGCGUUUGCACCUUCCCCAGGAGACGGUCCUGCUGCCGUGGCCGCGGGCCCUGCUGCUGAUGCUUUUGGUGGAUCUGACCCCUUUGCCACGACGGAAGGGAGUGCAGACAUUGCUCCAGAGCUGGACCUGUUCGCCAUGAGGCCCGCCGCCACGGGGGCCACCGCCACCACCCCUGCCGCCAUCAUCCCUCCCACCUCUAGUGAGGCGCCGACCAUCGUCGCCCCCAUCGCUGCCCCCGCUGCUCCCACCCCUUCUUCCACCACCACAACCACCACCGACACCACCACAGAGUCUGCAGCCGCCCCGACUCUAGAUAUCUUUGGUGAUAUGUUUGAUUCAAUGCCUGAGCAAAGCCCCAGCACAGAAUCCAAAGCUGCUACCACUCCUAGCGUAGACCUUUUUGGUGCAGACCUUCCUGCUGUCUCACGCGGGCCCUCUCCUUUGCCCGAGCUGGCUCCGGCUGGAGACAUUGUAACGGACUUUACAUCUCCAGCUCCUGCUGCUGCUGCUCCUUCUUCUCCUGCUCCUGCUGAAGCUCAUGGCUCAGAAGCCUCGACUCCGCCCAAAGCAGAGUCAGCGCCAGUUAUUGACCUGCUGGACUCCUUCAGCAGCUCUGUGGAGGAGAAGCAGAGCUCUGCUCCUGGAGGGCCCGGAGACGACCUGCUGGGAGGCCUGAUGUCUCCCACCCUGGCCCCCACUGCUGCUCCACCUCUGGCACCCUUGGCUCCCUUGGGUUCCUUGGCUCCUUUGGCUCCCUUGGUUCCUUUGGCUCCUUUGGCUCCUUUGGCUCCCUUGGUUCCUUUGGCUCCCUUGGCUCCCUUGGCUCCCUUGGCUCCAGCUCGGGCGCAGAAUGACCUCUUGGAGUCAGGCUUUGACGCCCUGGGCUCGCUGGUGUCUCCAACACGACCAGUCCGUGGAAGAGCUGCAGCAGCACCAGAAUCUGCAACCAAUACAUCGGCGCCCUCUGGUGGCUUUGAUGCUUCAAUGUUUGAUGGAUUAGGCGACUUGCUGAUGCCCGCCAUCACGCCCCAGAGCACCGGGGGCAGCACUGCUGGAAGCACAGCUGGAAGCAUGGGAACUCCCGUCGCACCAGGAGGCGUGGCGGCUGCUGCCAAAACCAUUGGAGGGGAUCUGGACUCGUCACUGGCCAACCUGAUUGGAGACCUCGGCGUAAAGAAAAAGGACCCACAGAGUGAGAAGAAGCUGACAGGAGGCGCCAACUGGACGCCACAUGUAGCCCCCACAAGCUGGGCUACACCAGCCCCCAUGGCUGGGGCCACCCCUGGAGCUCCUGGAGCACCAGGAGCCGGUCCACCUAGUGGAGCCAUGGUGCCACCAAUGAGUGCACAGCCUUGCUUUACCAUGCCUCCAGUAGCAGGGCCUGGAGCUCCCAUGAUGCAACCCAUGAUGGGGCAGCCAAUGAUGGGACAGCCCAUGAUGAGACCUGCCUUCACAAGUGUGGCUGGAGCUGCACCUGGAGCCGCUGCACCAGGAGCAGCGAUUUCUCCAGGACCUGCAAGCCAGAGUCCCAAAAAGCCCAAGGACCCUCUGGCAGACCUCGACCUCAAGGACUUCUUAUAAUGCCCCAGCUGCUUUCUUCUGUGGAGCAGGGACCUGGUGUCCGUCAACAUCUCAGGAUGCCAGCGAUGUUCAGCUUCUCAACCUUAGAGCAUCUUUUCCUCCACCCCCGCCCAUCAACACCCCAUCCCUCUCCUGUGUGAUGUCGUAGCACAACUGUGAAAGUGAACCAUAGCGGAUUAUAUAAAUAAAUAUGAGAGAAAAAAAAUACAAGCUUGUGCUUAUGUAGAUGUACCAAUCUUUUGUUUAAACAAAACCACACAAAACCCUGAAAAAAAAAAGUCCACAAAUGUAUGUGAGAGGAAGUGAAGACGUAUGUGUUUAGACUUCUUUCUAUUGUUGAGUUGAAUGAUGGAUGUGCUUUAGUGUCCUAAGCUCCUCCCACCUCCCCAUUUUGUCCUCGCCUCCUUCUGAAGGGGGAGGGGCACGUCUUUGUCCCACUCUGACUGGAUGGGAGUGGUAAACAAAGCCCCCAUAGAUUUUCAGAGAAACAUGUGGUGUGUUGUUUACAGAAAGGUCCUCUUCGAUGUACAUAAAUUUCUCUGGUGAGGAUUCUGUCUCUAUUCUGUAUGUCUGUGGAAGAGAAACAUAAAUGUGAAUCUGACAUGAAGUUGUAAGAAGUUGUGUGAGUAUCCUUCUAUUUCCCGUUAUCAUACGAAAGUAUUUGGAAAACAAAUAUGAAUACCGCUCUAUGAUUAAUAUUCUGUAUAUUAAGAAACGACCUCUGCAGGCUUCUGAAUCUUACUGGACCAACAAGUGAUCCUUUCAGUUUGUUUCUUUUUUUAAACUUGUCUCUUUUUCGUCUUUCCUGUCUUAUUUAUAUCUUCUGUUUCUUUUAGAAUAAUCCUCCAGUCUAAUGUUGAUAUUUGCUGGCACUGCUACUAAGAUAAAACAAAGUGUUCAACUUGGUUCCAGAGAAAAUGAUGAUUAAUUCAUGAUAAAGAUGGAAUUAAACUGCCCUUCAAUGUAACUGUACAAUUGUCGAUAUAAGUGUCUACCUAUGAUAUUGACACUUCUCAUGUGGGUAUGUCUUCUGCUUGUGUUUACAUUAUAACUUUUAAAGAACAAGUCAGUAUAUGGUUAUUUUGUAUCUCAUAGAAUAUCCCAUUGUCAUACCAAACUCUAUGUUCAGACAGUUCAAAUUCAAAUAUGAUAUGAUAGAAAAUGUAAUCACAGAAGUAAAAAGAACAGAUUAAAGGUACCUGUGGAUUAUUUUUUUCUCAACGAACAAAAGUUAAGUUUGCAUUCAAAGCUCUGUGUGUGCCACUGAGGAAUAACAAAUGUGUUGAGUGCAUUUACGUCCUCAUAAAACUUGUGGAAGUGCCUCUAGUGGUCAAAAAAGCCCCAGGGUUCCUUUAAGAUCCACGUUGCACCCAGUGCUGUUGGGCCAAAUGACAGUUUGGGUGUCGAAAAGUGAGAUUUUACGAAAAAGGAAAAACUCUAAUUUGACUGAUAUCUGAACAUAAUGUUUUUUCGAGUUGCUUCUUUGAUCACUGUUGACCUUCAUCCCAUCAGUGUAACUCCUGUGAUACUGUAUGUGGCCACAUGGGAGCAGUGUGUAAAGACACCCAGAGAUCAUCAUUGAGCCAUGAUCUUGUUUCCCACUGAUUUACAAUGGACUAAAUAUGUUGUAGUGUUGACCUGUAUUUGGACAUAUGUAUGACCUCAUGCCCCAGUCCUGUGCUGUAACCUGCUGACCUUGUUCAUCAUUUCACUGAACUGUGUAAGGAAUUGAGAAUCUGGAGAGAAUCUGAGAAAACAAUGGGAGAUUAUUGACAUUUUUCAUGACUGAAUUAUAAAAAUAUGUAUUUUUGUUUAGUUGUAAAAUUAUUUUAUUUACGAUGACCCUCCCCAGUGCAUGUAAGCCCUUUGAGAUGCAAUAAAUUCAAUGACGGAUUGAA